ACAUGGACCUGAUAUCACGAGCAGCCAGCAACACAGAGGCGGAGUGCGCCGAUGGAGAAGGAGCCCAAAUGUUGUACGCAGCCGUCUGCCGACAACCAGCAGCCAUAUGCGGGAGGAGGAGGAACUAGCGGGUCGAGCCGAGCCCAGCCGAUCCCGGCCGGCGCGGACCAAGCUGCGCCUCAUCGGACGGGACGUCACUAUUCGCGGAUGCACCUGCCAGCUGAGACACGCACUUUAAAAGAGGAGGGAGAUGUCGCCUGUCAGUGCGCGUGGAGAGGAGCGCCUGUCAGCAGCGGACGAGGUGACUGUGACCUGUGACCUGUGAGCUGUGAGCUGCUCCCAGGACCAUGUGACCUGAGUCAUGGUGACCAACAGUGACAACAAAAUAGAGAAGAAGUCAAAUGGAACAAGAAGAAGACAUAAGCGGAGAGGUUGAGUUGUGUGACUCCAUGUGGGAACAAACCGAUACAGCACCCACCUGCAGCUGAAAACAGCGCCUAGACGGAUGGAGCGCCUCGGGAGGAUGACAUCACUGUCACCCGUGGGAGCCGGAAGGCCAGGGGGUGGGUCGCUGCGAAGAGGAAGCUCCUUCACCUUCCUCACCCCGGGACCCCAGUGGGACUUCAGUCUGAAGAGGAAGCGCAGGGAGAAGGAUGACGGUGACUCGCUCAGCCUCUGCAGCGUCGACUUUAAGGAACCCAGCACAAAGCGCGUCCGUCCUCUCGGCAGGGUGACGUCACUAGCCUACCUCAUCUCUCCGGUGAAGAAUGGGGCCGUGCGGCGCUUCGGCCAAACCAUCCAGGCCUCCUUCCGGGGCGAUGGCAAGUCGCCCAGUGCGCCCCACAAGCCCUGCAGCAAGGCGGCGGCCCCCACGCCACCCAAGAGGAGGAACAGCGCGCUGUGGUCGGAGACGCACGACGUCCACCAGAAGGGGAUGUUCUCCACGAAGGAGAUCAAGCGGCAGGAGGCCAUAUUUGAGCUUUCUCGUGGAGAACAGGACCUGAUCGAGGACCUCCAGCUCGCACGCAAGGCGUACCACGACCCGAUGUUGAAGCUCUCCAUCAUGUCGGAGGAGGAGCUCACGCACAUCUUCGGCAACCUGGACACCUACAUCCCUCUGCAUGAGGACCUCCUGGCGCAGCUCGCCAAAGCCACGGGGCCAGACGGGACCGUGGGCCAGAUCGGGCAGAUCGUCUUGAACUGGCUGCCUCGGCUCAACGCCUACAAGGACUACUGCAGCAACCAGCUGGCAGCCAAGGCGCUGCUGGACCAGAAGAAGCAGGACCGGCGGGUGCAGGACUUCCUGCAGCGCUGCAUCGAGUCGCCCUUCAGCAGGAAGUUGGACCUGUGGAGCUUCCUGGACAUCCCGCGUUCCCGCCUGGUCAAGUACCCGCUGCUGCUCAAAGAGAUCCUGAGACACACGGCGCCGGAGCACCCGGACACCGCCAGCCUGGAGGAAGCGAUCACCGUCAUGCAGGGCGUGCUGUCUGACAUCAACACGAAGAAGGGGGAGUCCGAGUGUCAGUACUACAUCGACAAGCUGGAGUAUCUGGACGACCGGCAGAGGGACCCCCUCAUCGAGCAGUGCAGGAGUCUGCUGUGUCACGGCGAGCUGCGGAACAAGAGCGGCACGAAGCUGCACGUGUUCCUGUUCACCGAGCUGCUGGUCCUGACCCGCCCCGUCACCAGGAACGAGCGCCAGUGUUUCCAGGUCUACCGGCAGCCGAUCCCGGUGCGGGACCUGGUGCUGGAGGACCUGCAGGACGGAGACGUCCGGAUGGGCGGCUCCUUCAGGGGCGCGUUCAGCAACGCGGACAAAGCCAAGAACAUCUUCCGCGUGCGCUCCCCGGACCCGAGCCAGGCGCAGUCGCACACGCUGCAGGUCAACGACGUCUUCCACAAGCAGCAGUGGCUCAACUGCCUCCGCAGCGCCAUUUCCGUCCACCGGCCGCUCGGCGAGCCCGCCGCGCCGUCUCCUCCGCCGGCGAGCGACGCCCGCUCCAAGCGCCGGCCGUCCUCCGUCUCCGCCAUCGUCCACAUGGAGGAAGUGGACGAGAACCGCCUGCAGCGGGCCUCUCGGUCCGCGCCCACCUCGCCGUGCAGCGGCACAAGCCCCGCCCCUUCAUCCCGAUCCUCUUCCUCGUCUUUAUCGAGGACGUCGUCCUCGGCGUCUUCGGCGUCGCCGCUCUCCUCGCCCACAUCGCACAAAACCAAAAAGGAUAAGAAGUCUCUGUGUUCUUUAGGGAAGAGAAAAGAGACGAUGGUGUGAGCUGAAGGAGGAAAUGGACUCCUGUUUGGACAUUGAGAUUUAUUUGUUGUACAUAAAUGUGACGUGGAGAAGCUCGAGACUAUUUAUGCGUGUCUGCGUGCGUCUCACUACAGUGUUCUGUGUUACUGUCCUCUUCGGCAGCUAUUUACCUCCCCCCCCCCUCCCCUCCCCCUCCCAGAGCACCACAGAGACACACUGUGUUCUGGAGAUGGAGGCGGUGCAUUAAAUCCUGUUUACUAUUAAUUUGAUAUUUAAAGCAUUAUUCUAGACCUUUUUGGGGGGGCUAAUGAAAGUUUUACAUUUUUUAUAUUCUAAAAAUGUAUCGUAGUAUUUUUUUAGGUAUCAUAAAGCAGCACUGUUUUUAGCUUUUCGGUGAAGUUAUUUGAAAUGUUCAGCAUGUUUAGCAGGCAAGAAAGGAGGAGAAUCCCCCCUCCCCCCCAAUGUAAUACACAAAGCUACACAUCUUUCUGUAAGAGUCUGGUUUCUUGGGGGGAUUAAUCAGAAAACAUGUCUUAUUUUUAUACAUUCCUUUAAUGACAGAUGUUAGGACCUGGACACUUUUUUUUCCCUUUUCUUAUUCACAUGGGCAUUAAUUUAAAUCCAGUGACAAAUGAGACUUCAGUUUCUCUUUGUUUGGGGGAAAAAAGAAACAUCACUAUGAUAUGAGUUGUCGUGGUAGCAAAUCAUCUAAUGUCAAAAUCUGAGACGGGAUGAUGAGUUUUGUUUUGAAACAGAAUUUAGAACUGAGCCAUGCUGGUUUUGAAAAAGCUGACUUUUCAGAAUGAAACGGAUCACUUUUCAGUGGAGCAUCUUGCAUGGAGCUUUAGUUGUGGACACUGCGUGCACCAGGAGAGGCAGCAGGACAUGUGUACCUGUCCGAGGGGAAAAGGACAAUUAAAAAGACGGAAAUGAUGGAAAUAAGAGAAGUUUGUUGAAGGUUGAAGUUUGAAGAGAAAAGAUGGAAGACGGAAAAAGAUGCGAGCUUGGAACGGAAAUAGAAUGUCAAAGCAAGGUGUCAUUGACUUCCUGUAGAAGUUGAUGUGAUAUCUUGCUUAAAGAUGGAUUAUAGGAAGCAAAGUGAAUGUAAUUGACAGGAAAAAGUACGUAGGGGAAGGAAGUUAAAAAGAAAGGUUUUUGGACGUUUGAACAAGAUGAAAAGAAAAGGACAACUUGCUUGCUUUGAACUGUAUGUAAUAAAAAAAAUAAAAAAUUAUUUGUACGAUUUGCAACUGAA